CCUUGGGAGGCUCACAUUUUCUUCAUAAACAUCGUCCAGGAACGUAGACCCGCCCCGUCACCGACGGUCAUCUUCGCCAGGGCUCUCGUCGUCUGCGCAUGCGUCUGACCUUGACUUCGUCGCCUUCGCUCCUGUGCUACCCACGUCGGUCAAACUCAUCAUGGGUCAACCAUCUUUCGCGGCGUCGAACGCCAUCAUUUAUCUCACAUAUGGCGCCUUUCUGUGGGUUCCUUUUCCCCCCAACAAAGCUUUGCCAAUAUCCAUGCAGGCGCAUGGCUGACGUCUUCAACGAAGGGUUUUGGGCACUGCCAUUGCUUGGAGGAUGAGGAACCAGAGCAAGAAGGAUUUCUUGUCCGGCAACGGAACGCAAACUGGUCAGCAGGAUUCAACAAACCCGUGACGGCCUUCUCUCGAGUGCCUGAAUCCGGACCCCCGCAGGGAACACGGUGAGCUGACCGGUUCAACAGCAUUUCCCUUGGCCCUCAACUUUAUUGCGUCGGGUGAGUGAUUGAUGCGGCCGGUGCGACUGCAAAGCGCCAAUGAUAUGACUCCGGAGCGGUAGCCUUUCCAGUUCGUGGAUGGCAUGGGACACUCGGACGGCAUGACCAGCGAAAGCAUAUGACUCGACGACGGCAAUGAGUAGGUUCGUAACCCAAGAUCUUUGCUCUCCUCUCUUGAGCGAUGCGCUUGGCUCCCCGCAUCGCUCCUCACGGCGCAGAGCGUGGCAACGGUCUCUGCGACUGGACAAGCCUUUACGAUGGUCCGUUGGCACCUUCAGGAUUGCAGAGCUGCCAAUCUGUGCUGGGUAGGUGGGAUGUCGGGGAGCUUGCUCAUCGUGACAGAGAGGAGAUUGCGGCUCACUACGGGCGCGGAAUCCUCAUAGAGCCUGGCAUCCAACUCCACCAAGGAACUUCGGUUCCGCAUGUGAGAGAUGUCAGGCCUACGAGGACGAAGCUGAGAUUGCACCGUAAUUACUCGAUCAAGUUAAUGCUUGCGUGGGAAACGUGCUGCCGCUCCAAGACUCCAAAUACUCUCUCUUCCUCCCUUUCCCCCCCUAACCCCGGUGCGGUACUAACAGCUUGAAAAGCACUCGGCUCCGGAAUCCUGUUCACCUAUCCUGAGAUCGCAACCAUUGCUGGCGUCCAGGGUGUUCUGACCUACGCGCUGGCGUCGGCUCUGCCGUUCUUAAUUUUCGGCGCCUUAGGCCCCAUCAUUCGGCGCAAAUGUCCCCACGGAUUCGUUCUGACGGAGUGGACGCGACAGCGAUAUGGCACCGUUACCAUGCUGUACCUGAGCUUCAUGACGCUGGUUACUCUGUUUCUUUACAUGAUUGCCGAACUGUCGUCCCUGGGCCAGGUCGUCAACGCCUUGACCGGCAUCGACAAUCUUCCCGUCAUCAUUGUCGAGUGCGUUGUCACCACUAUCUACACAUCACUCGGAGGCUUCAGGAUUUCUUUCCUCACGGAUGUCAUCCAAGGCGGCAUGGUCGUGGGGCUCAUCGUCAUCGCGUCCAUCGCUGUUGGCGUGAAGACGGAGAUCAAGCCUGAGCUCAUCGAUUCCUCCGGGCUCACGAAGCCUUCGACGGUUGGGUGGUACCUUCUGUACAUCUUGCCCGUCGCCGUCGGGACAAACGACCUCUUCCUUGCCAACUUCUGGCUUCGAACCUUCUCGGCGAAGACGGAUAAGGACCUUUGGAUCGGCGUUUCGGUGGCUACGGUUGGCAUCUUGUGCAUCCUCACGCUCGUCGGCUGCGCCGGCCUCAUAGCCGUCUGGUCGGGGACGUGGCCCGGUGACCCACCGCAGGUGGGCUCGCUGGCGUUCUUCGCCCUCUUGGAGACCCUCCCCAACUGGGUGGUCGGCAUCGUGCUCGUCAUGGUCGUGAGUCUCAGCACCGCAGCCUUUGACAGCACCCAGUCCGCCAUGGUCUCUGCGGCGUCGAAUGACCUGUUCCGCAACCGUCUCAACAUCUGGUACAUCCGAGGCAUGGUCGUCUUGACCAUGAUCCCGGUCGUCGUCCUCGCCCUCAAGGCCACGUCCAUUCUGCAAAUCUACCUCAUCAGCGACCUGCUCUCGGCCGCCACCAUCCCCGUCUUGUGCCUGGGCCUCAGCGAGCGGCUCUACUGGUGGCGAGGCUUCGAGGUUGUCGUUGGUGGCCUGGGGGGCAUCUUCACCGUGUUCCUCUUUGGUACCAUCUACUACGGCAACGCCGACGAGGGAAGCAAGCUCCUCCUCCUCCAGAAUGGUCUGUAUGGCGACGACUGGAGCGCGUUUGGCGCCUUCGUGGCCGCACCCGUCGGCGGGCUAUUGUGGGGUUUCGGCGCGUUGGCCCUAAGACUUGGUUUCCAGUACGUCAAGGCGAAGAUUCGACACGAGCCUUUCACCGCUCUGGAUCGACCUGUCGAGGUGGAGGAGAGCAUACACAGCGAGCAUGAUGUGCAGCAGGAGGUUGUGACAUCCAAGGCUGGCAAGUUCUUUUGAGCGACACGCACUGCUGGCCGCACCUGCGCGGAAGUUCUAGACAGUGGCCUUGGCGUGCUGCCAGAUGUGGUAGAGGAGAGUUGAGCCAAUGGAUGUGGGAAGAUACAGACGAUAGAUGUGAAGGUGGUGGAGAUCAUGGGCGCUGACAGCGCCGUGAUAGAAUUGAUACAAUGGCGUCACGUCAGACGCUCCUUUAUAUGAUACAUGUUCCUAUUCCCAUACACGUCCAACCAAUGGC